CUUGUGAUGAUGACUUUGAGGCUGUGGAGCUUCAACUUCAUCAAUGCACCAGCUCAGGCGGCCCUUUGAAGAAACGACCCAUCUUCGGCUAACUUCACAGCCAGCUUCCUACAAGCAAAACAAGUGAAUAUAUUUCGGAACAAUCCAUCAAGACGGAUAAAAUGAUUGCAAAGAGAUAAAGAAACGAUGAAAGUUGUGCAGAUUUCCAACCACCUCCAUGACCUUCCUGACAACUAAUGGAGGAAAAAGCACCUGCUGGGCCUACCAUGGUAUCCAGAUUGCCAAAGUUUGGUGGGCGACCCUCUCCUGGAAGCAGUAACUCCCACUGCAACGGUUUCACACAGCCAUCCACAAUUUUCCAGGAUGGCAAGACUGCUUCUCUUGGGGUUCGUUCCAAUGGUGUGAUCCGCCCAUCUCCAUUAUUGCUGAAUUUGAAAGGAGAUGAGGGGAUAAGUCCUGCCUCUCCGACUACGCCUAACAAUUCCAAAGAUGGAUCUGAGAGCAAGACUCUGUCACAGUUUCCAGUGUUUACAAAGGAGGUGAAAAAUUGCUCUCCAGCAACUCCUAAGAUGCGCAAGUCAGGGUCAUUGAUGGUGGCGGUCUCUAGCCCAAAACCUGUACCCAAGCAGACUUUAAAGAUCAGUCCUAAAAGUAGGGCGGAGGCCAUCCAGAGUUCACUUGGUGGAAUUUCAAAAGUGGGCUCUAAUGGCUCCAGCAUUCCUGCUCGUACAGGAUCGGAAUCGCGACUUGCACGGCCAAUGUUAGGCUCCUGUUCUCCCAGAAGUAUAUCCCAAGACAGUUUACCGCUUUCCAUCGAUGACCUGAAGAAGCAAACUUUGGACAGUAUUGUGCGUUCAAACAGCUUCACUCACUUCAAACAGAUACCCUCACCCACAGGGGAGCCUAUGAUGCGAUCUUUUUCCUUUAAUCGGGCUGUAGAGCUUGCAAAGCCAUUGGCCAAUACUCAACUGCGUCCCCCUAGGAGCAGUUUACUCAAACUCCCACAGUUGAGCAAUGGAAGAGUGAUUUUAGGCAUAAAUGGAAACCAUGGAAGUCCAGGUAUUCUUAACGGAGGAACCGGGGGACUGCAGUAUGGCAGAAAUCCUCAACUAACCAACUCUCUACCCAAUCCUACAAUCCCCCAUGGACAAAGUACUCCUCAUGCAUUUAAGAAGCCUCUGCUCCCUUGUUCUAUGUUGACCAAGCCAUUGGCCAGCACAGGGUCUGUGGGUUGUAGAAUGGGUCAGACGAAACAGCAAACGUCUCUUUUACCAGACAAGGUUAAGGAUGUCAUUGGAACUUCUGCUUUCUCUGAAAGUGAGGGGCUUUUAAAAAUAGCAGUGAGCAAUGAUGUAACAGGAACAAAUGGAUGCUCCUCUAACAGCGAGAGUGAUGGAAGCCCUGGAAAUGAUGAAGAAAGUGCUUUCAGCAAACAGAGCUUUUGCCAGGCAGCAGCCGAAACACUGGAAGACAUGUCUUUAUCUUCUGCCUCGUCACUGGACAGAUGUGACACCAGUGAAGAGCUGGUAGAUGACUUGGACUGUGUUGGAGAUGAUGGGGAAAUGUCCAACAACAGGAAAUGUGGCAGCACCCCUCAAACCCCAUUCAACGAGGCUGUUGAGCUGGAUUUGACCAAUCUGCCUGAAACAGAAGAAGAAAGCCCUAUGCAAGAUUCUCAGGGACCGCUGGUGAUUUCCUCAGAGCAGGGUGAAGCUCAACAGGCUUCGUCUGUUGAGAUAUCGCCCUCAAACAGCUCUGGUGGAACUUACAUGUGGGACGAAGAGGGCCUGCCGCCCCUUGGGAUUCAUGAAACUCAAUCAUUGGACUACGAUGACUCGGAGCUCAACAGCAUAGACAUCUUGAACAACCUGGACCCCAUGAGAACUGGAGAUUUGGAUGAUGAUGACCUCAUGCUGGAUGUGGACUUCCCAGAGGACGGCUUUCAUGAUUUUGACAGCAUGUCCCAGUUUGAGCGCUUGGAGCGCGGCAGCCGACACAGACAGAGACGUAAUCAGCACCACUGGAAUGGACCAGAGCACCUGCACAAUGAUAACAGAGCUCAUGUCUUCCGUCAUUAUGAUGGUCUCAAAGCUUCAAGGACGUCUUCAAGGCCUGUCCAGUCUAAAGGCGUGCAGCACGAAUACAGACCAGUGCUGGAUGAACUCACGCUCGAACACAUGUCACAGGACUGCAACUUACUGAAGAAUCAACUACUCAGGCUCAAAAUGUUACUGCAGCUCGAGGAAACCGACCGCCCAGGAGACAUUUCUGAGGAGACGGAAGACGGCACCUCAGCAGCUCAGUUAGACACACUAAUGAAAGAAGUGCAGGAACUCAGGGAGGAGUUGAGGAGCCGAGACAAAACCAUAGCUCAACUCACAACAAAAUGCCAACAACUUCAGCAGGAGCAAACGUCUUUUCAAAUUAGGUGUCAAUGUCACCACCAGAGGGCGCCCUCCUCACUACGACCCCACGGAGGCAGGCAGGGUGAAAAACGGCAUCACUAUGACAAGGCUACCCAGACGCACUGGAGGCCACCAAACCAUGCUCCACAAAUACUACAGCCUUUCAAGCCCUUUCUCACCGAACCCCCCCACCGGGAAAGACCAGUAAGAACUCUCCCCACCGAGGGCCACAAUGAACUAACAGAGAGGACAUCAGAGGAAGCAGCUCACGCAGAUGAUGACUGUCCUCCCGAAGCUCUUAUGGCAGAUGUGUGUUGGGCAGCAGACCCUGACAAGCUGACUCAUCGACUCAGCACCAACCUGCCCUGCCUGCACUCUUGCACUCCACAGGAAAUAACUGCAAAAGACAGUCCGGCGUCAGCACAACAGUGUGCAGCGCAGCAUGGGUGCAAAUCCCUCGCUGUGAUAACGCACGACCCUGUCGCUCCGAGAGCUGCCGGUUCGACCUGCCCUCGCACGCCGCCGCCUCCUCGCCUUCACAAGCGCACGCCGCACCCUUCACCCAAGCUAGGGGGCGCCGGAGGUUCUCCGAAUGCGCCAUGCUUUGCAGGAUCUUCGGCCAACCGGGCCGAGCGGCUGCCGCCUCCAUCCAGGGGCCUUCCCUGCUUCAACGCGGGGCCCUGGGCUCAGACUCCAAAACUGCUUAGCACUUCACUCACUCCACCUCUCAGAACAUCAGAGCCCAGGAAGGAUUCUUGGCACACCGACGCAAAGCCCACCCAGGCGCCACUCGGAGACCCCGGGUCAGCAAAAAGCCUCAUCCCUUUGAGGCGCUCCUGCCUCCCCAAGCCAAAGAUUCCCUGAGGAGCUGAAAUCCUCCCAUCAACCCUUGAAACUGGAAUCACUCUGUCAUUGACAUUUAUCCUCUCCUCCUCCGAGCCGCAACAACAGUGGAACCUUUGUUCUCUCAACAAUAUUAAAGGAACCGACCUUAGGCUGCUGGCUGAGCUGUGAGAACGCUUCAGAAUACCAUCAUAUGCACACAAUUUGUAUUUACAAUAAAGCAGAAACAUCACCAUAAUA